AUGCCCCGACUGCCCGGCCGCGCGGGGCUGCUGCUCGGCGUGGGGCUGCUGGCGGCGCUGCUGGCCGCGGGCCGGGCGCUCCCCCUGAGGAAGCCGCGGCCCCGGGGCCCCGCGAGGCUGGCGGAGGUACCAGCCUCCCCAGAUCGCAGCUCUCCUAGGGAAGAAGAGGGGAUCCCACCGCUCCCCAGAACCCGCUUCCAGGCAGGGCCACGGCGGCACAGGCGUCGGGCUCUCAGUGAGCCAGCAGCCCUGAGCCCAGACAAGGCGACCCCUCCCAGGACCCUGGAGGAUGCUCCCUUGCUGCUUGAGCUGCAGAAGCUGCCAGGAUUGGCCAACACAGACUUGAGUGCCCCAAACCCCAACAUCCAGGUGACCAUCGAGGUGGUGGAGGAUCCGCAGGCCAAGGUGGAGAUGGACCUACCCAGCAAUCGCUGGCCACAGGAUGCCUCAAGCUGGCUGCCCACCAAGGAGCUCUUCUGGCCCCUAUUCUGGGGGUAUCUAGAGGGAGAGGAGGGAAGGACUGAUCUCAAGGGCAGAGCCCCAGGGGAAGAAGAGGAGGAGGAAGAGGAGGCGGAGGAGGAUUACCCUGUAGAGUACAGCGAGAGUGAGGACCAGGAGGACAGCGAUGACGAGGAGGAGCUUGGGUUCAGUGGGGCCACAGGCAGCUGGGAGCAGGGCUGGCUGGCCCCUGGGGACUGGGCCUUCAAGGAGCCUGAUGGCUAUGAUGAUGAGCUUCCAGAGGAGUGGAACCCCUGGUUUCCCUGCAGUGGGAGCUGCAGCAGCGGCAACCAGAGAAGGACUCGUCCCUGCGGCUAGGCCUGCACUGCCACCGAGUCCCCGGUCUGUGACCUGCCCCCUUGUCCUGGCACCGAGGAGAAGGACCCCUUGGGCUUCCCCAGUGAGGGGUAGCAGCCACUGGCCCACAAUGCUACGGACAUGCUCAGCCCAGAUGUGGACAGCUGCGAGAAGUGGCUGAACUGCAAGAGCGACUUCCUGGCCGAGUACCUGCGCCGGGUGCUGCAGGACCUGCCCAGCUGCCCGUGCGCGUACCCGCUGGAGGCCGAGGCCCGCGCCGUGAGCCUGCAGGACGAGCGCCGGGGCCGCAGCUUCCGCUGGAGGGACGCCAGCGGCCCGCGGGAGCACCUGGACGUGUACCAGCCCACGGCGCGCUUCUGCCUGCGCUCGCUGCGGUCGGUGGAGAGCAGCACCCUGGCCGCCCAGCACUGCUGCUACGACGCGGGCAGCCGGCUGCUGACGCGGGGCAAGGGCGCAGGCGCCCCCGACCUGGUCAGCACCGACUUCUCGCCCGAGCUGCACUUCAAGGUGGACACGCUGCCCUGGAUCCUCUGCAAGGGGGACUGGAGCCGCUACCACGCCGCGCGGCCCCCCAACAACGGCCGGGCCUGCGCCGACAACCCCCCCGAGGAGGAGUACCUGGCGCAGCUGCAGGAGGCCAAGGAGUACUAGCGGGGGCGCGGGCGCGGCCCUCACCCUGCCUCUGCCCUGCCUCUGCCCGACCCGGACAGGCCCCCUGCCUGUGAACCCAGGGCAGAGUUGCCUGGGAGGCAGGGAGGAGCUGGCUGGACCUCAGGGGCACCUUCACUAGUUCUUGGGGACAGGAGGACUUCCAAGUCAGAGACCCUGCACUGUCACUCCUGGCAUUUGGGGAAGAACAGAGACACAUCAGAAAGUAGGAUGAGACAAGGUGUGUCCAGAGCCAUCGCCUAGAGAUGCUCAGAGAGCCAGAUGUUUCCAUAACCAUCACACCUGGAGGACCCUGAGAUCAUGACCAGAGCUGAAAUCAAGAAUUGGCCACCCAACCGACUGAGCCACCCAAGUGCCCCAGCAGAAACUUUAUUAAACACUUGAACACAUUGUCUAAA